GCAGGGCCUGGUCCGCUACGUCGGCAUCACAGGUUAUCCCGUGAGCACGCUAAAAGAAGUGGUCAAGAGAAGCAAGGUGAAAAUCGACUCAGUUUUAUCGUACAGCCGAAACAAUCUCCAUGACAACACACUGGAAUCAUUUAUACCAUUUUUCCGUGAACGGAAUAUCGGCGUCAUAGACGCCGGGGCCACCUCGAUGGGUCUCUUAUCACCCGUGGACCCCCCGGACUGGCACCCUGCCUCUGAGAAGCUCAAACAGGCCUGCCGCGAGAUGAAACAGCUCUGCAAGUCGCGCGGCUUUGACCUGACCCGACUGGCGCUGCACUACUUCCUGACCCGGCCCGGUGUGACGUCACACCUGAUGGGUGUGACGUCACCGGAGCAGGUGCGUCAGGACCUGGAGAUGAGCCGCGAGCCAAUCAGCGCCGAGGAGACGGUCAUGCUGCGGGAAGUGCUGGACAGGUUCGCCAGCUUGCCUGCCGAAAUUCGUCACUGGGAGGCGACCAGCACCGACAAUUACUGGGAAGCGAUCAACAAGGCCAAGGGAAAGAACAAGCUCAGUGUAUAGGCAACGAUAUUUUGAAUAAAAUACAUUCUUAUUU